AUGCACCGAGAGCGAGAGCCGCCGCCGUUAUGUACCGCAGCGGAUGACGGCGACGAUAAUAUUGUAUUAUACCGACGGCGGCGGCCGUACAAUAUACGGGUUAUGAAAUUUAUACUCUCGGUGUACGGCGUUUUAGAAAGAGAACAAAAAAAAAAAAAAAAAAAUAAAGAAACCGAAAACCCGAGAAGAAUCCCGAGAAGAAUGCUCAAACUCCCAUGGUUUGUCAACAACCUCGCGAUCAGGAACACUCCGGACGUCUCAGCAAACUCUGACGGCCGACCUAAGGCGAAAAUUCAUCUCCUCACAUCGCAUACAAAAUAUGUCAAGACGCUCCACACUAGAAAUCCAAUAACAAAAACUUCAGACCAAUCGACUUCAAACAACAUUAACACGACGAACUAA